AUGUAUCCGCACCCUAAUGAGCCGCGUCUGCAGACGCACCCACCAGACACGCUGCAUCGCUCCCAUGACAUGUCUCCAGAAUACUCAUGCGCCAUUGCUAAUACCCUCGCACAUAUGCCCUCCUCCAGCCCUGCUCCCGAUGAUGCUGUGACCUUGAUCUCGAUCACGUCAUCAAUUCAGGCCUUACACGAGAAGCAAGAUACUUUUAGUCAACGCUUAGAAAGGGUUGAACAAAGUGAAGAUGGCGUACCCUGGAGUAACAAGUCCAGUACAGCCCAACGGGGUGCUAUGGCUAUCCGUGGAAAGGGUGUAGCAGCGAAGCGAAAAGCCUUGAAACAGGGUGGACGUGGUAAGAAGUGGCCAGAGCUUGAAGACGAGAUGUCCGAGAUGACAGAAGAAGAUGCGAGUGAUGACGAGGAUGCCGAGGACCUGCUGGGCACAAAACAUAGUCUGUCCACCACAGCACAGAAGGCCCGGAAUGACCUUCAGAACCGAGUGACGGUGAAGUUUCGUGGCAUAUGUGGCAUUCAGACGGGCCAGAAUUGGCCAGGACCAACCGACACUGAACGAUUCAACUCCACAACAAAUGAGCGUUACUGGACUCCAAAUUUCACAAAAGACGUACGAUAUCCCGAGAAUAAAGAAUUUCUCGAGCAUGUUGCAACGCUGGUCAAGAAUGAUGUUACUAACUCCGACAAUGCUCUCAAAGUCUUGAAACAAUGCCGCAAGUACAAGUGGAAUCAUGAUACGCUAGUCGAGCUUGCUAAGACCAGUUUCCGCAGCUUCAAGACAAUCUAUCAAACUCAAGUAGAUGCCAAUAAGAAGAAGACACAUGAGAGGAAUCAGAGGACAAACCGUCAUAAGCAUCGCCGUGAAGAGAAGGCAAAGAGCCGCCUUACCGCUGUGCACACAUACAAAGAGAAGUAUGGCAUAGAUCCGACUGACCUGUGUCAUGAGGCCCACAUGUCCGAUGAGGCAUCGGGUCCAGACUCAGAUGAUGAGUCCACACUGUCAAAGAUCGAGUGGAAGAGGGAGAUGGCGAAGAAGCAGAAUAUGGAUGGUGACCGGAUGGGCGUGUCUGAGCUUGAGAAGCUUAAGUUCUGCAAAGUCGUUCGCCCUGGGUGGCGAUCUGAUGAGCUGUCUAACGUCCUCAAGGAGCUUGAUGUCAUGGCAUGGCAGGAUAAGCCUGCUAAACUGAAGGAACGUGUCAUCAUCAUAUCAGUGCGAAACAUGGGGCGCACUUCUGACGUACCACCGCUGGUAGCCCCAUUCGAUUUUGGCAUCAAUCACACGUGGUGGGAGAGGAACAAGAACAACGAGAAGUUUGCAGAUGUCCUCACAGACUGGUACACACAUGGUGAUCUACAUGGCUUUGGGAGCGCUGUCGGUGAUUGUGCAACCAACAAUGAGAUAGACGACAGUGAUGGCAAUGGCAGAGAUAAAGGUGUUGAUGAUGGUGAACUGGUCGAUGAGGAAAAUGAAGAGGUGGAGACGGUUUGA